AUGUCAAAUAGUAACAACCAAUCAUUAGAUAUACUAAAAGAAACAAAACAACAAAGAAAUGAAAGAUUUAAAUCUCAGUUAUAUCAUGCUGGUUUAAAAGGUAUGCUUCAAGGAACAUUAAUUGCUCUUAUAUCAGGAUAUGCACUUUCCUAUAAAUAUAACCAUGGUCCAAACAGGGCAUAUUUUCGAAAUGUAUAUAAGGCUUGGUGGUUUGUUUGUUGGAACAUUGUUGGUAUUACUUUCACUACUGAUAUUGCUAAAAUUAACAUUUCAAGACAAGCUAUGAUUGAAGAUGAAAUUAAGAGAAAUCUGUAUUUGGAACAGGAGAUAGGUAAGGAUGCUAAGUAG